AACAUGGUAUCCCUCUGGGGUCACCCUUUCUUCCGGUGCCAAGAGAACAUGCAUUCCAAAUGGAACCCAAGUGUGUCUCUCCUGCUGGCUCUCACUCCUCAGUCUGCUUGGGAACAACAGAAAGCAGGACGUGGCUUCGGCGUCCAGUGCUACUGAAGUUUCUGGUGUUGUGGUCCUACUUUCUCUGAGGACAGUGUAUGCAUUUUGCUGCAAACUAAAGGUGAAGAGCAUUCUAAGAAAGCCGGAGCCAAAGAAGUUUGCCAGAGUGCUGCAGGGAGGACGAGAGUGGUGCUGAGAGAGGGAGAGAGAGAGAGAAGAAAAAACAUCCCGAACAACAAACAGGUUUUCAGUCUUCCAUGAAGCGUACUAUGUUCUGGCAUUCUUUCUCAGAGCCACCAGAAGCAUUCCUGCCAGCAAAGGUAGAGUUGGUGGUGAGAAGUCACUGGGGAGUCCAGGUUGCUUGAUUUUUUUUUCUUCCACUUUCCUUUGUGGAGAGGCCUGGAGAGUCUUUGAGAGCCCCAAAGAUGAGUCCCAACAGCAGCGCGCUGGGUCAGCUCCUCUGGCGGGGGCCAGUGUGCGGUAGCUGGAAGCAGGAUAUGGAAGGUGCCGUCUACCACCUUGCCAGCUGCUUCUUGCUCAUGGGUUUCAUGGCAGGCAGUGGGGUGUACGGCUGCUUCUAUCUUUUCGGCAUCCUGGGCCCAGGCUACCUGUGCUGUGUGCUGUGGGGCUGGUUUGAUGCCUGCGGGCUGGACAUCGUCCUUUGGAACUCCCUGCUGACGGCGGCUUGCCUGCUUCAACUGGCGCAUUUGGUGUAUCGCCUCCGGGUGAAUACCCUCCCCGAGGAGUUCAACCUCCUCUACAAGACGCUGUGCCUGCCCCUGCAGGUGCCCCUGCAGGUCUACAAGGAAAUUGUCCACUGCUGCCACGAGCAGGUCUUGACACUGGCCACGGAGCAGACCUAUGCCGUGGAGGGUGAGACACCCAUCAACCGCCUGUCCCUGCUCCUCUCUGGCCGGGUUCGAGUGAGCCAGGAUGGGCAGUUUCUGCACUACAUCUUUCCGUACCAGUUCAUGGACUCCCCAGAGUGGGAAUCGCUGCAUCCUUCCGAGGAGGGGACCUUCCAGGUCACGCUGACUGCUGAGACCGAAUGUAGCUACAUUUCCUGGCCCCGGAAAAAUCUCCACCUUCUUCUGAACAGAGAGCGAUACAUCUCCCGCCUCUUCUCAGCCCUGCUGGGCUAUGACAUCUCCGAGAAGCUCUACACGCUCAAUGACAAGCUGUUUGCUAAGUUUGGGCUGCGCUUCGACAUCCGCCUUCCCAGUCUCUACCAUGUUCUGGGGUCCUCAGCCUCCGAUGGAGGACCCGAGUCUGAGAAGGAUGAGGAAGAAGUCUUUGAGGCUGCCGUGUCCCCUGCUGAGGCCAGGCCCAUCUGUAUCCUGCCAACACCUCCUUGCUCCCCACCUCCAGCUCCGACCAACUUCCCUGCAUCUCUGCCCCGGGCUAGGAUGUCCAGACCUGACAGUGGCCCCCUGGGUGAGGACUCCACCAGUCUGGUGCUGGAGGAUUUUGAAGAGGUUUCAGGAUCAGAGUCGUUUAUGGAUUAUAGGAGUGAUGGGGAGUACAUGAGGUGAGGGCGGAACUAACACGGGCACAGUCACCAGCUAAGGAUCCCACCUUUCAGAACUCUCCAGAACUCUUCUCAGGUUAUGACCAGAGCACAGGCCCCUUUGGCUCCAACCCACACUCCUGAGCUUUAAGGAUCACAGAGACAAUGGCUCCUCUUCCAGAUAGCUCCCUUCCGUGUUCCCUGGAUGGCCACCUGUACCCACAUCCCUACUCUCGUCCAUCAGAAAGAGCUGGGGCACGAUGGGGAAACGGACAUGCCAUGCUAGUCCCACAACUGCGCCAAGGGUGACACGGAGGAAACUUGCCUUCACGAACCUUCCUCACGGAAGGAUGGACUCCAUCUUCUAUGGGCUGUAGGACCUUGGCUGGUUACACAGCCUCUGAACCUGGUCUGCCAAGCGGGGCUAUGAACUCACCUCACAGGGUCACCGUGAGGAUCCAGUGAGGUAGAGCUCCUAUGACAUAGCUUGGCCGCCUGCCGGCGCUCACUAAAGCACACCCACGCCUCUCCCGAUGCUGUUGCUUUAAAUUGUCUGUAAGGAUCCACUGACUUCCUCCCGUGGGUAUUUUUGGUUCCCAAAUAAGUUUCUAUUGAAGUAGAAAAUUUUUAACCCUAAUAUUUUCUUCAACUUUUAUGUUCAGGAUACAAAUAACCAUGUCCUGUUUAUGAAUCUAGUAUUAGAUAAUAGUUCGUAGAAAAAUUUUAUAAAUUUAACCAAUUCGUUUUCCUUCCUUAAACAUAUAAAAGUGACUUACAAGUUGGAUCUAUCCUGCUCUCUUUUUAUCUGAUCAUUUAUUUUGAUUGAGACAACAUCUGACUACCGUGCCUGAGAUGGGUCUUGAAUUGACAGUUCUCCUGCCUCCCUUUCCUGAAUGCUAGAACUGCGGGUGGACACCACCGUGCUUUGCUGAAUAUAUUCUACGUUGUUGAUCAUUAAGAAGCUCAGUGUGUGCUCUGCUUACCUACUGCUGUGUAAAACCUAUCCCCAAUACAGCGGCUAAAAACUGG